GCCAUUCACUCAGUCCAUCUUUCGUGUCCUUUCACCAUUGACCAUCAUCUUGCCCACCAGCCCCCUGGCCAGCAGCCUGAACACCUUGUACCCCCAAAACAGCGACACCAGCCACACCGUCGUCCCCCCCACUUUGAUAUACAGCGGCGUCGUCGGACACGUCACCGUACAAAACAGCAAAAACGGCGCAACCACAAAACGCGAGACCAGAAAUGUCACGGCAAAGGCCAGAGAGAAGGCCUCGUACGCCGAUAACCGCUUGUCGGUCUCCUGCUCCAUCUGCAGCUGCUGCUUGGUGAGAUGCCGUGUUGGCUCCGUCCGCGGCUUUGCAAAGUAGCGGCAGUUGAGGAACGGCGUUGAUACCUCGGCGAGCAGCGUGCACAUGCAGACCUCAUAGCCGGACACGCGAAACAGCAGUACCCACAGCAUCCCGCUCGCAGUGGCCAGGUGGUGCAGCACAAAGUCCCAGUUGUUGCGGAUAACAGCGAUGAGCGUGUCGUAGAGGAAAUACCCGCUGCUCACCUGCAGCAGCACCUUCUGCAGCGGCAGCAGCUCGGCACCGAAGCCAUUGUUCUCGACAAAGAAGACCGUGGUGCAUCCUGUGACGGCAAUGGUGGCAUGCAGGGUGGACACGACCUUGUUGGCGCCCUCGAGCUCGAGCUUCGGCCCGCCUGUGUGCUUGACGAGUGCGUGCAGGGCGGUCCACGUGGCACAGAGGGAGAGGACGGGCAGCCAGACGGAUGUGUCGAGGAAGGCCAGCCACCAGUCGUCCGCGUCUGCCACACGUGCCAUCACGAUCUCUGCAGCCAUUCUCU